AUGCCGCAGACCAAAGAGCGUGCCGGCACCCAAACAAUCUAUAUUGAUGAGAAGACCGAUAGAGAGCCAAUUUGGCUCGUCAAACGUCGUAUGCUGGCCUGCGGAGAGUACCCAACUGCCCUGCUCCUUCAAAAGCUGCCUAACGAAAAGUAUCUGGCCACCAACGUCUUCUGCUGGGGCGUCAUUCUGCUCGGUGAGCUUGACCCCUGCGUCCAGCCGGCAUUCAUCGUCAUGUUAGACUUCAUGUGGGUAUGUGACAUGCAAACACCAUACAGUGACCGUGACACUGGCGUCCUUGUUGAUAGUAUAAACCAGAUAACUUUUUACCUUGACUUGUUUCUGGGGUCUAGCUUAGGUUCGGUUGCAUCACCGCCAGAGGUUACCUACUACAGCGGAAAUGACAUCAAGUCCAAGUCUCCUCUCGACGUCGUCACCGACGCCUGGAACUCCUUCAUCGGCUGUUGGCUUGCCUCAAUGAGGACCGGAAGCGAGCGCAUUGAGAUCGAGUGCGCGCGCGCCAACGAAAUUGGUAUCCUGAACAAGUCACACAAGUGCUACCAGAUGAUUGGAUCCAUCACCAACCCAACUUCCGCCAUCAUCAGCACCACCAGAAUCUACAGCACCCCCCUCCCCAUGAGCGACCGCACCGGCCUUCUCAUCGUCUUCGACUGUACCCGUUUCUUCCUCGCCGAGAGCUUCCUAAUCUUCUCCCUCAUCUCGUGA